AUGAUCGUUGUUCUCUCACCGUCGGGCGAUUACAACGUCGAAAACUUGACGCCAACUGGGAAGCACAUUCAGGAUGUCGCCAACCAUAUUGCCACAAAACUGCUAACGCCAGACAUCAUGUUUGUCCAAGAGAUUCAAGACAACUCGGGCUCAAAAGACGAUGGAGUAGUCAGCGCAAACGUGACGCUGUCUACGCUGGUCGCUGCUAUUGCCAACAUUAGUGGUGUUAGCUACUCGUGGGUGGAUAUCGAUCCCGUUGACGGCAAGGAUGGAGGCCAGCCAGGCGGGAACAUCCGACAGGCUUAUUUGUAUCGUGCGGAGAAGUUGAGCUUAUAUCAAGCGCCCGGUAUUAUAUCGCGGGUGGCGCACUGGACGCCGUUCAAGUGGUCAAUUCCAGACGCAAACCGAUUCUCAGGUCGCAUCGAACCCAAUAACACGGCUUGGCAGGACUCCCGGAAGCCACUCGCUGCGAUGUGGAGGACAGCGCAGGGCCAGACCUUGUUCACUGUGAAUCUCCAUCUCGUUUCCAAAGGUGGAAGCAGCACUGGACAGGGCGACGCGAGGCCUCCAGUAAACCAACCCGUUCAACAACGGACUGCCCAAGUUGACACUGUUGCGGCAUUCGUUAAAUCCAUACUCGAUAUCGACCGCCGAGCAAACAUCGUUGUUGCUGGAGAUUUCAACGAAUAUUCGCAAACUCGCUCAGUCUUUGCAUCGCUUACACCCUUGAUGACGGAUAUUGAAUCAGCUGCCUCCGUGCCUGAUGUUGAGCGGUACACCUACGUGUUCGACAACAACUGUGAGCAAUUGGAUCAUAUGUUCCUCUCGCCGUCUCUCAGUUGUGAGGGCGUCGCGGUUGAGCAUGUGCAUGUCAAUAAUUGGGCAGCGACUGCGAAUGACAGAGUGAGCGACCACGACCCGACAGUGGCCAAGAUAACUUUGUGUUGA